AUGUCUAAGCGUACUUUGUCCUCGUCUAUCUCUUCUCGUCAAACUCGGGCCUCUACUGUGGCCAUUCUCCCCGACGUCGAUCCCGAACUUCUCAUGCGUCAAACGAAAAGAAUGAGAAUUACUUCCCAAGCGCCAGUUCCCUCUCAAACUCCAUUGGUUGACGCUUCUCGAAGGGCUCUCGACACCAUUAAGGAUCGAUAUCAAUCCGGCCCUUCUCGCGACCAACAAUCGUCUCUUCUCGAUGACGAGGUCAUCGAGCAAUAUAUCAACUUCGAAGCGGGGGCAGGGCCAUCUACCACUGGUGAGAACCCAUCUCCUGCGAAAUCUGUCGAGUCCGAACACGGUACCAUCGUUGAAAAUCAAAAUUCUCCUGGUAAUAAGUCCCCUGUGCCACCUUCUGAUUCCGAGGGGCUUGUCGAGGUUCCCCAUGAACUCGAAACCAUUUUUCACGCCCCUCGCAAGGUUCCGGUCAAUGAUGAACUUGCUAAGGCUCUGGAUGCUCGAAAAGACUCGGAAAUUGGUGAGAUUUCUACAGAAUUCUCUACCCUCUGGGCCCGCCUUUCUUUCUCCUCUGUUCGUCACGCUCUGAAGGAUGAAGCCCUCGAUCGCUUUCGCGAGACUGGGGCCAUCAAGCCCACUGUCAAGUGGUUUGGUAACGCCCUUGAUCGCUUGGCCCAAGGUUGGCGACUUCGUAACAAGAAUGGCGCUGUUGUCCGUCUCGAGGGGAACUUCAAAGUGUUCGGUGAAAACCAACAAUCCCGAGUCCAAAUUUCGCGAGGUAUCUAUCUUCUUCCUUCGAACUUGGUCGAUGUUGAUGUAAAGGGUAUUACUGUCGGAGCCCAGACUGUUACUUCCAAGGUUACCUUCGUCCUGGAGCACGAACUCUGUGCUGUCUCGGCCCGAUAUCGAUCCCUUUCCUCCCAGGAUCAAUCCUCUUCUCUCACCCAACUCUCCGCUUACAUCCACCUCUUUUCCUCUCUCCUUCUUCCUCUUCCCCCAGUACAUCUGGGCCUCUACAAAUCUCUUCAUCUCAUUCCUUCCAACUACACCCCUCCCUCUCCUUCUGAAACCUUGGAUCAUCUCACCUCUGCUGCUGAUCCAACCGGAUUGACUUCUUCUCAACCAGUCGCCGGUCCCUCCUCUUCUCCCCAUACUCCUCUCCCCCGCAAUGUCAUUCGUAUUCCCGCCUCGGUCCGUCGUCCCCGAGCCAAUUCUACCACCUCCAACUUCUAG